AUGUCUUACCUCCCAGUAGGUGCGUUCUUGGUGAUUUACUCAAUAGACUUGCAAGGCGAACCAGCAAAUAGGAAAUACCUCAUGGAGCUUAAAGACGAAGAGACCCAAAAUCUUUCUGAUGGCGAAUACGAUGACGAUGACGAUGAUUCUAGAUUCCGGCCAAAAUCUGGCACGGGCGACGAGACGCCGGUUCCGGAAGCAUAUACUCGGAAGGCAUUAAUUCUUCGAACAAGUUUCACCUUUAAGGACCUUGCUCACGGCAUUACUUUUGGGAAACAUGAAAACUGCGAUGUUGCAAUUCCAGCGAAUAUGCACAGCGUAAGCGGCUUACAGUUCAACCUUCUAGUUCGGAACGGGACACUUAUCCUGAGGAACUGCCGCCGCCAUAGGACCGUUAUUUCGUCACAAUCCCUGGGAUAUCAAAAGGUCAAGACCCAAAGAGCUACCCCAGAAAAUGAGGCUAUAGAUGUUCAACUGGACUGUUCACUCUGCUCUGUUUAG